UCCACGAGACCCUCGUCCUGGAGUUCUGCCUGACGCUGCUUCACAGCGGCGUGCGGCGCGGCGCGCUGGCUGGUCGCUCCCCCGAGCUGCUGGCGCACGUGGACCCCGCGGUGCCGCUGCUGGUGCGGGCGCUGCGCAGCCGCCACGCGGGCUGUGUCAGCCUGGCGCUGCGCACCCUCGCUCACGUGGUGCCGCUGCCGCUGCCCAACCUCGCCGCCGCGGCUCCCAAGGCGGGCAAGGCGCUCACGGCGCUACUGCAAAAGGUGCCGAAUGUACGUCAUCCCAUCGCGCAGGACUGCUUCCGUCUGCUUGCCGCGCUGCUGCGAGACUGUCCCGCCUACCAGCCCACCACCGCCCAGCUGCGGUUCCUGCUGCGCUGGGCGUUCGAGGACCUGGGCGAGGCGGGCGCGCAGCCCACUGCGUUCGCGCUGCUGCGGGCGCUGCUGGGUCGGCGGGUGGUGGUGCCGGAGGUGUACGACGUGAUGGACCGGGUGCAGCAGAUCAUGGUCCGCAGCCAGGCGGCCCCAGUGCGCACCUGCUGCGGAGUGGCGCUGCUGCAGUUCCUGCUGGACUUCCCGCUGGGGCCGCAGCGGCUGAAGCAGCACGUGGCCUUCCUGCUGGCCAACCUGGAGUACGAGUACGAGUCGGGGCGGCUGCAGGUGCUGGACAUGCUGGCGCAGGUGGUGGGCAAGUUCCCGCUGGAGGUGCUGCAGGCCCAGUCCGACGUGCUGCUGAUGCCGCUGGUGGUGCGCCUCGUCAACGACUCAUCCCCCAAGGCACGUGCGGCUGCAGGGGAGGUGCUCCGCGCGCUGCUGGGCCGGCUGGAGGCGCCGCAGCUCGACCGCGCGGUCAGCUACUGCCGCGCCUGGCUGGAG